AAUUCAUCUGGAUCUCUGAAGCUGUUUUUCGCUGUCGUCAGUUUUGGUACAGAGGGAAUACUUACAGCCAUGGAAAGAAAACGCUUGAAAAAAGAGAUUGAAAAACUCUUGGGAGAUUAUGUUGGUAUCAGACUUCGGGAAAAUGAAUUUGACCCACAAGGAAAAAGGCAAACUACCCUUCUAGAUGACUUGGCUCACUAUGACUUGGCUGUAAACGUUGCUCUGCCUUGGCUCAGUGAUUCAGAAGCCCAAAUGCCUUGGGGAAAAGAAAAAAAGAAACUGCCACUGCAUCACCGAUAUAUCUAUCCCAACCGGAUCGAGAGAGAGGCAAUGAUUUUAUCAUCUUAUGCAGGGAUGCUAAUGAAUAGUCUUCCUAUUGAAGAUGUCAUUAGGAUUUACAGCACUGGACCUUCUGCAACACACUGGCAGAAUUCUGCAAAAGGCCAUUGGAUUCAUCCUUGUAAUCUCUCACUGCAUCCCUUUGCCAUGUUGACUGCCCCACAAGCUGCAGAACAUGCCUGGAAGCAAAGUGUCAAGUUCCACAAGACAGCAGCAAACCGAAAUACCACCAGCAGUUCAACAAAGAGAAUGGACACCAACUAGAAAGAACUACUUGUGAACCUUUAUUU